UGUACGCGAAACAGUGAAAUAAAUGCAGCAGUAAACAGCUAACCUCGUGAAAUAUUCUCUGCCAGUUCGUAAAACUUAAUCGGUUCAAUAAUGUCUAUCCUUGCUUACAACGGAGGUUGCGUAGUGGCCAUGAGAGGUAAAAACUGUGUAGCUAUCGCCACCGAUCAUCGUUUUGGCGUACAAGCGCAAACAAUUGCUACCGAUUUUGAGAAGAUUUUUGAAAUCAACCCGCACAUGUACCUCGGGCUGGUGGGACUGCAAACAGACAUUCUGACCGUAUAUCAGCGGUUGCUGUUCCGUAAGAAUCUAUACGAAGUACGUGAAAAUCGCCAACUCACUCCGGAGCGUUUCGCUGCGCUGCUUUCGAAUUUCCUGUAUGAGAAACGUUUCGGACCGUACUUUAUCGAGCCAGUCAUUGCUGGGUUGGAUCCCAAAACGUUCGAACCAUUUAUCUGCAAUAUGGAUUUGAUUGGAUGCCCGAACAACCCAAGCGAUUUCGUUGUGGUCGGAACCUGUGCCGAGCAGCUGUACGGUAUGUGUGAAACUCUGUGGAAACCGGAUUUGGAACCGGACAGUCUGUUCGAGGUUAUCUCCCAAGCGCUGGUGAAUGCGUUUGAUCGGGAUGCUAUUUCCGGUUGGGGUGCUACGGUGUACAUCAUCGAGAAAGAGAAGCUAACGGUGAAAAAGUUGAAAACACGAAUGGAUUAAGGUGGUUAUUUCGCAUCGCGGCUAAAGCGAACAUUUCUAAGCAUAAGAGUUUCCAGCAAAUAUAAAAUAAAAAAAACUGCGCUGUAACAAAUUUUGAAAAUGAU